AGGGCUUUGAAGUGUAACCAACAACUGCUGUCCCGGAGUCAGUGCUGUAGCCGAAUAUUUGUGAUAGGGGAUGUACUCCAACAGCUCCAAGCCGUGUAUUGUUCUCUCUAGAGCUUGAUCCACAGCAGCAGCAUGUGCUCUGGAUGGGAGAUCGCUCUGAACUUGCGCUGAGGCCAUUUAUCUGUACACCGGAAAGCGAAGCGCAGUCGGAGAACAAGGAGGGAUCAGAGGCAAACUACUUAGACAGUAAACACGACAUCGUGUCGAUGGUAAGGAGACGAUUAGUGUAAGGAAAAGGACGCAUACCGACAGCCGAGAGAAACGGGUCUGUUCCUCAUCUGGAGAUCAAUGGAAGCCAGGACAACAUAUGGAUACAGCCGAUGUCUUCAGGGACGGGCUGUCGAUGUAUGAUGGCAGGUCGGACAUGCACGUUGUGCCGACUGAAACAGGUUGGUUUCGCCUCGAUCAAACUUCAGCGGGAUCAGACGUGGGACGAUUAGCGCGCAUUUAGGUGCCGAAGAUGAACUGAGUCACUGUCGCUUACAGCGGCGCGUCUGGAGAUGACAGCAGGUUUAUUAUGGGAAACUGCGCUCUAUCGUUCACUGGACUUUUACUGGAUUUAAAGGGUCGUCCUUAUCGCUGCAUCUGGUUGAAGGUCGUCCACUAUUACUGAUCCGGAUAUCCUUCAGAUCUGCGUGCAUGUGUACGUUUGUAAAAAUUAUGCUUUCUAGUUUUCUUGUUGGACCCGGAACUGUAAAUAACUGAGACAGCUUUGUUUCACACUCUCUAGACGCUCGCCAGGUUUUCUAAUAUACUUCUUGCUGUAUUUAUGUAUGCUUUCUUUUCAUUAUUGUCGCAUGUAGCCUAUUCUACCCUGAUGAAAACAUUAUGUUUGUCAUUGCAAAAUCUACUUUUGAAAUAUAUGUCAUAGUAUCAUGGAACAUAAUAGGAGGCCACCAUAAACUCAUGGUUGACCAGAGAUACUAUCAAGAUAAUAUGAGGGCAUUUUUAUUAGGUUAUCUCAUACACUGUUUGAUUUUUUAAGCAUUUGUGUCUCUGUUUUAGUGUAAGACCACAGAUGGACGCCCUGUGUAAUGGAGCCAAUAAACCCGAGGGCAGUGAUCCCGUUGUAGACCCCCGACCGCCUCCUGCCAAGCUGGCUCGACUGGAACAAAAUGGAGCGGGACCCUCGGCCCAGGAGAGGAGCAGUCAGGAGAGUCCUGUGGCCAAAAACCCCUGUCUGGCCCAGAAACCCACCACAGUGAGGCCACAGAGCAAGAGCUGGCACAGCAAAGGGAGCCUGCUGCCUGUGUUCUGUGUGGUGGAGCACAAGGAAAGCCCUCAGGAGGGAGAGAGGAGAGAAGAACACGCUGAGUUUGUGUUGGUCAAGAGAGAUCUGCUGUUUAACCAGCUGAUAGAGAUGGCCCUGCUGACACUGGGCUACUCACACAGCUCUGCUGCACAGGCCAAAGGUCUCAUCCAGGUGGGCAGGUGGAACCCGGUGCCUCUGUCCUGUGUAACAGAGGCUCCCGAUGCCACAGUGGCUGAUAUGCUGCAGGAUGUUCACCACGUUAUCACCCUUAAAAUACAGCUGCGCAGCUGUCCCAAAUUGGAGGACUUGCCUCCCGAGCGGUGGAGCCACUCCACAGUGAGAAAUGCUCUGAAGGAGCUCCUCAAGGACAUGAACCAGAGCUCCCUGGCCAAGGAGUGCCCUCUUUCCCAGAGUAUGAUAUCAUCUAUUGUAAAUAGCACUUACUAUGCAAAUGUCUCAGCUGCCAAGUGUCACGAGUUUGGUCGAUGGUACAAGCACUUCAAGAAGACCAAAUGCUUCAAAGAGAUUGACAGCGUCUCUGACCAGUCCACACACAUCACCCUCACCCAGCAGUCAAUCACAAGUAGCCCAGCUGAUCAGAGCUCAACCCUCUUUUUCUCUCAUGGAGAAGUAGCCAACAUAUGUGGCCGUUCCCCCUUCGGCCUGCACCCUCCCGGGUUGGUAACCCAGCCUCUCAGCUCCCAAAUUGUCAACCAGCAGCUGGUGAUGGCCCAGUUCCUCAACCAGCAGUAUGCUGUUAGCCGCAUGCUAGCUGGCCAGGGUCUCUCACCGUCCCCACAGCAGUAUCUCAACCACCCGCCUGUAGGAAGGGCUCCCCCCGCCAUGGUCUUCUCCAAAGCCCCUGAUUCCCAAGCCCCACAGCAGACACAGUGUGGCCCAGGGGGAGGCCCUGUAGCCGGGCCGCAAACCCAGACAUUGGCUGGGUCGUCUGUGGGGUCAACAGAUGUGCCAAAUGACAUCUACCACGGUGUGAGGGAGGAACUGAAGAGAGCUGGCAUCUCCCAAUCCAUCUUUGCCCGGGUGGCCUUUAACAGGACCCAGGGCCUGCUGUCAGAGAUUCUGCGGAAGGAGGAGGACCCUAAACACGCCUCCCAGUCUCUGCUGGUCAACCUGCGGGCCAUGUACAGCUUCCUGCAGCUGCCCGAGGCUGAGAGGGAGCGCAUCUACCUGGAGGAGAAAGACAGAAGCCUGACUGGAUUCACACCAAGCUGCAAUAACACGCCACCAAGAUCCACACAGUCGAGACUGUCCCCAGUUACAGGGGACAUCGGGUUGAGGACCGACAGUUGUGUUCUCAAUGUCGGCGCCUCUAUCUACGAGGACAUCCAGCACGAGAUGAAGAGAGCCAAGGUGUCUCAGGCUCUGUUUGCAAAGGUGGCCGUCUCCAAGAGUCAGGGCUGGCUGUGUGAGCUGCUGCGUUGGAGGGAGGAUCCCAACCCAGAGAACCGGACCCUGUGGGAGAAUCUGUGCAUGAUCCGCCGGUUCCUCAGCUUGUCCCAGAUGGAACGAGACGCCAUCUAUGAACAGGAGAGCAGCAACACGACAGCACAGCAGCAAUGCGCUGACAGGCUUACACUGCUCAGCAAUGACAAUACACUGUACCAACGCAACUCUCCGCUGCCACAGCAACACCAUCUUCAACCCCAUCAACCCCUGCAGCCAGAGGCAGGACCUCACCUGUCUCCACGGCAACCAUGUGCAGCAUCACCAGCCGAGUGUGAUGCGGGGGGCAACUGGGGGCACAUGAGAGUACGUCUGCAGGGCAGGGGCAGUAGUAAUGGGGAGAGAGGGGACAGUAAGGACUGGGUUGAGGGGGGACAGGGAGAGAGGGGCAGUGUGGGAGGGGACUGGGGUUGUACUGGUCGGGUGAGGGACGAGGGUUCAGAAAACAAGGAGCCGGUGAGGGAUGGGAGUGUGGGUGAAGAAGAGAUGGAUGAAAUCAUUGGAAACAGCAAAGAGGAGAAGGAGAAGCUCACUAUGAAGUGGUGCGGUGUGAAGGAUGAGGACCGAGGCGGGGUUAGGGUUUGUUCAGAUGCAGAUAAUGAGGCCAAAGGUGCAGAUGGGGUCCAAGAUGAGGGGUUAAGAGUCUCCCACGAAGCGCUGGGAAUCCUGCAGAGCUUCGUUCAGGACGUGGGCCUCAACCCAGACGAGGAAGCCGUCCACACCCUGUCGGCUCAGCUGGGCCUGCCCAAACACACCAUCCGAAGAUUCUUCAACAGCCAGGAUCACGACCGGCAUCCACACGACAGCCAGAGCCCAAAACAGAGUCGAGACGACCAGCAUGGCUGCACGGACCCAAACCUCUCGCAGACGGACAUAACUGCAGAGGAACAGAAGGAGGAAGGUGAUAGAAGGACUGAAACAGAACAAAAGGAGGUGGAGGAGGAGGAGGAGAAAGAAACGGGGAUAGAUGAAGCAAGCAACAUUACUGUUUUCAAAGAAUCUGACGUUGGCACUCAAACCAUUUGCUCUUUGAAGGAGGAGCAGGAGAGCUACAUCUAACCCAAAUCCAUGCAGUGACAUACGAGUACUGACUCACGGUGUUUUGGUGUUUUAUAGGUGGGUGUCCUCAAAUGCUGUGUAAAGACUAAAAGCUGACUUAUUGUAUAUCUUUAUACCACAGCUUAGAAGGAUAGUGUUCAUACCCACACAGCACACCUGCAAUAGAAAGCUUAGACAGCAUUCCUACUGCAACUUGAGACAGAACAUAACUGUGACUGUGUGUGCAGAUAAUGUUAUAACACAUUGUUUCUGUGUAGAUAUAUGUGUGAAUGGUACCCAGUACAAACAGUCUCAGAUUACAUAUCACUGUUUUAAAAAAAAAAGAGUAAUUAUAUUUGGUUGACUGAUCUAAAGUUUGAGAAAUGUUCAUGCCAGAAAUGCCUUGUAGAAAGUGGCACUGCCGAUCUGUUUUUUGUGUGAUUUCCAUUGUUUUUGUUUUUGCGUUGUGUUUUGGAUCAGUCGUUUUAAACUGUUUCCUUCAGGAAUCUCACUGUUGUUGUAUCUUACAUUGUUGUUUUUUGUCACAUUGUCGUAAAUAUCAAGUUUCUUGAUUCUGUUUUAAAAGAAAUGAUAGUUGAAAUUGUAAAUUAUAUAUAGCAGUUGGAAUCAACCCUUUCAUAAAUGACAGGGUAUCCUCUGCAUUUUUUACUGCAGUGUGUAAAACAUUGAGUUACUAAACUGAUCAACAUAUGGACAUCUAUAAUGUUUCUUCUGCAAAUGAGUCCAUUUUUAUUCCUAUUUCUGAACUUGAAUCGCAAAGUUGUGUUGAGAUCUAAUUUGCUCCUGAACACAUCAUAGUUUACAUACAGUGUUUCUAUUGAUGCAUGAAUCUAUAAAUCCCUCAAAUAACUACGUUAUUUUGGGAAGUGUUAUGUUUACACAUCUUGUGGUCGUCAUAUUGUACUGAUUUACAUACUGUAGCAGAGGCACGAAGUGUGCUGUAUGGAGUGCACAAUGUUUAAUGUUUCUUCAUGAAGAAAGAUUGUGGACUAGAAAUAUAAGUCUGAAGCCGUGCAGUGUGUACAUGAAAUGGUCAAAUUAAAUGAUAGCACUUUCAUUUGUAAAAAAGAAAGACUAAUUCAUAAUUGUACUGUAUGUUCAUUACUUAAAUCUGUUACAGUUGGAAAUGUUUAUUUCACAAACAAUCUGUGUGAAAUAUAUUAAAAUGUUUUGAGAGUC